AUGGGGAGUGAGACCAAGAAUGGUGCGGCGGCCCCGCUUUCGCCGGGGAUGAAGAAGAUGGUGCAGAGCCUCAAGGAGAUUGUGAACUGCCCUGAGCCUGAGAUCUACUCGGUGCUUAAAGACUGCAAUAUGGACCCGAACGAGGCCGUUCAGCGCCUCCUCUCUUUAGAUACUUUUCACGAAGUGAAGAGCAAACGUGAAAGAAGGAAAGAGAUGAAGGAGACACAAGAUUCCAAGUUGCGAGUUCACAGCAGUGGUUCAAAUCGUGGAGUUAGAGGUAGUAGUGAGCGUAAUGGUGGAUGGUGUGGUUCAACUCAAACUAGUUCCAAUGAGCUCGGUCAAGCUGCAUGCAAGGGACAGAAUGGGUUUGUUGCUCCUUCAGCUUCCCAUUUUAUGGGAGGAACUAUGAGCCAGCAACCUUCGUCUCACAGUGAUUCUCUAAGUACUUCAAUAGGGUCAGGUGAUGGUGCAACCUCUGCAUCUGUGCAACCUUCUCCGGGAAAUCAAUCCACUUCUUUUGGUACCAGCUCAGGACAUCUUUCAAUGGCUGAAAUUGUUAAGAUGGGUAGGCCACCCUGCAAAGGCUCACAUAUUUCAUCUGAUACAUCUUCCCAUCAGGAUGUAUUUGCAACAAAUUUAUGUAAUUGCCGUGUGGAAUCUUCCCAAACUUCUGCACUUAUGGAACCAGAGAUGCACCGAUGUAUGCACAAUCAGAAUCCUUCUCAUGUAUCAGAGAUGAUCCAUAAACCUGGUGAUACUUCUGGACAGAAUGCCUUCCAUGAUGAAUGGCCUGUGAUUGAGCAGCCCACAGCUGCAAGUAGGUCAUCAGUUUCAAGUGCAAAUGUUGAGAUACAUGCUAAUCAAUCUAAUCUCUAUAUCAAUGACUCCAACAUGCCAAGGGACUGCCAGUCUCAUAAAGUCCAAGUAUCAGAGGGGAAUUAUAGUUGUCAAAAUCUUAGUUCAGACCACAAUGCUUAUGCUUUUGCUUCCAGCAGACAGAAGAUGGUGGAUGCUUCUGGUGGAAGAUCUUAUUGUGUUGAUGAUUUGUCUUCUAAUUCUAGUUCCUAUGAUUCUCAUAGGUCUGCAUAUGAGAAUGGGGAAGGAACUGGCUUUGGUUCAAAUGUGUCAUGUCCAAAUCGUUCUGUCUCCAAUGAUGUCGCUGUGGCUGUAUCAUCAGCUACUAUGAACAUGCAACAACUAAAUUUAGGAAAGGAGGAGCCUACAGAUAAUUGUGCAGUAGUCCUUCCAAAUAAUUUGCAAGAGUUGGCAGCUGAUUGUUCGCAUUUGAGUUUUGGCACCUUCAGAUCAGGCCCUAGUUCUGCAUUUUCCAGGUCGCCAUCUAAUUCCUUGAAAAAUGACUUGGGAGGAUUCUCAGCAGGAAUAAAUGUUUCAUCAGCCGGGCACUUGGAUACAAGGCAGGAGUCUUUCAAUUCAGGGUACAAUCAUGACGAACUUCUUGGAUCCUUAUAUGAUACAGGAAGGACAACCAUAGAUGCUAAACGUUAUGACUUGCCUCAGCCAGAGCUGAUAAAACAUGAUAUCCUUGAACCUACCCUUGGACAUAAAGACAUCUCCGCCUCAUCUCUACGUGAUUUUGAAUCGGAGAACAUCCAAAGAGCAAGUUCUGGAUCGUCUUUUGCUAGGGCAGAUCCCAAAUUCAGAAAUAUUCCUCCUCGUCAAAAUGAUAUGGCAUAUUCGGAUUCUAUGCGAAGUGAUCUAUUGGAGUCAUACUCACAGUUGUUGGUGACACCAUCAGUGCCUUCAAGAUACAGCAGUGCAAUUUCAUCUAUAAACAAUCCAACAAUUUCCGUGUCAGAGGCUCUGAGACCAGGCUCCAUACCUAUGUCUGAGGCAUCUUCUGUACUUCCUCAGCACCUAACAUCCCGUUCAUACUCGCAACCUGCCCUUUCUUAUGAACAGUUAGCGAACAUAAUUGGCUACCCUUCCAUGACUCAGAGCUACUCCCCUGCACCAUCAACUUUGCAGCAAGCAUAUCUAGGUGGUAGUGCAUUCCAGCAGUCCGUGGCUGGCAUGGAUUACAACUUUCCACAGUAUAGAAGUGGCGCCUCAGUAAGCAGAUUGCCACCAUCUGCUGCUGCUGUUGGUGUUCAUGGAAAUUUUGGGGCCUCUAAUAACGUUCAUGGGAGUUUCUUGCAAAAUGCAUCUGCUGCUCCUGUCAGCAUGAGUGGCUAUGAUGAUGCUUUGCGUGCUCGGUACAAGGAUGGAAGCCAUUUAACCCCUCUUCAUCAGAGUUCAAGAACCUUGUCUUCCGUUCCAGACAGCGUAUAUGACAAUGUACUUCGUCAGAAUCAACAGAAUGCAGGAUAUCGACAAGGGCAAGCUGGACAGAUGCCCUCACAGUUGCAGCAUUAUGGAUCCCCAGGAUACCCCGAUUUCUAUCCGUCCCAAAUGGGCAUAACACAAGAACAUCACCGGCAAAGCCUCAAUGAUUUAAGCUUAGCUGGGAUUCAAGACCUGUCACCUCAGCAGUUGCACCAGAUUUGGCAGCGGACCUACUAA